GAAAAGCAAAUCAGACGAAAUUCAACGUAAAACGAUAAAGUGUAAACAUGGCUCUUCGUAAUUUCCUUACUCGGAAUCUCCUUCUCAAUAAAUGCCCAUUGAGAAUAUCUCAGCGGUUAUCUCAUUUUACAUUUGUUCCAGAUACCGUCUCCGCUUCCGAAGGCGAAACACAGCGUAUGAACUUGUUCCAGGCUAUCAAUAACUCACUGGAUUUAGCCCUCUCCUCAGAUCCUACAGCUAUAAUAUUUGGUGAAGAUGUGGCCUUUGGGGGAGUAUUUCGCUGCACAGUUGGGCUACAGGAAAAGCAUGGCAAGUCCAGAGUUUUCAACACUCCUUUGUGUGAACAAGGAAUCGCUGGUUUUGGUAUAGGAGCUGCCACCGCAGGAGCUACAGCCAUAGCAGAAAUUCAGUUUGCAGAUUACAUCCUUCCAGCAUUUGAUCAGAUUUGCAAUGAGGCUGCCAAAUACCGAUACAGAAGUGGAGGUCUUUAUGAUUGUGGAUCCCUGACUAUCCGUGCUCCCUGCUCUGCAGUGGGGCAUGGAGCCCUGUAUCACUCGCAAAGCCCUGAAGCAUUCUUUGCCCACUGUCCUGGACUCAAGGUUGUGGUUCCCCGAGGGCCCAUCAAGGCCAAGGGCUUACUACUUUCGUGCAUUCGUGACAAAAACCCGUGCCUGUUUUUCGAACCCAAGAUCCUGUACCGUAGCGCCGUUGAACAGGUGCCAGUCAAAGAGUACACUAUGCCGCUGUCAAAAGCUGACAUACUAGUCGAAGGAGAUGACAUCACACUAGUUGGCUGGGGUACGCAGGUUCAUGUUCUACGCGAAGUAUGCCAACUAGCCAAGGAUCAGCUCAACGUUUCGUGUGAACUAAUUGAUCUAGUUACCAUUCUACCGUGGGACAAGGAGACUAUUGCCCAGUCGGUGAAGAAAACGGGACGGUUGCUGAUAGCGCAUGAAGCGCCAUUGACGUCCGGAUUUGGAGCUGAAAUUGCUGCCAGCAUCCAGCACGAUUGUUUCCUGAAUUUGGAAGCGCCCAUCGAACGCGUGACGGGAUUCGAUACGCCAUUCCCGCACAUGUUUGAGCCGUUCUACAUGCCAGACAAAUGGCGCUGCUUUGAAGCUGUCAAGAAACUAGUAAACUAUUAAAAGCUAAAAAUCUAUUGAGACAUAUUAAGUCCUAAUUAAAAAUUUAUAAAAGCCCAAAAAAAACAUCAAGGAGACUAAGCUGUACAUUACAUAAGUAUAUGUGAAAGUAAAACUCGUUGUUUACGUCCA